AUGGCCGAUAAGCUGCGCACCCUGCAAAAUCUCGAGGCUCUCCAGGCCCGAUACAUAGGCACCGGUCACGCCGACACCACUAAGCACGAGUGGACUUCCAACAUCCUUCGCGACAGCUAUGCCUCCUACGUGGGCCACAACCCGCUGCUCUCAUACAUGUCUGUCGGUAUGGGCGAACCCAAGGAGAAGGUUCGCGUGAUGAUGCUAGAGAAGAUGGUUCGCGGCGCCGGUAACCCUCCAGAGACGCAAGAAUAA